AUGUGCAUGAUGCUUAUGGGAUGGAGAGCGUAUUUAAAGGUUUGGAAACCCGUAGCACAUUCACCACAACAUCAGGAUCGCACUGAGUCUGAGGAUUUUGCCGGCAGGUGUAAAGAGAUUGCAUGGGACAUGAGUUCAUCAGAAGCUGUGAAUGGCCGGUCUGAUCUGGCUUCUCCGUCUGGUUUACACCAAGCGAUGGCAUCUGAUGCAUUCCAAGGUAAAGCAGUUUGCGCAAGAUGCAGAGAGGACAUCCUAGACAGGUAUCUCCUCAAGGUAAAUGACUUAUGCUGGCAUGCAAGAUGCCUUUCAUGCAGUGUGUGCCAAACAACCCUGAGCGGACACACGAGUUGCUACAUCAGAGGGAAAGAGGUCUUCUGCAAAAUAGAUUACUUCAGGAGGUAUCAGACAUGGUGCUCUUGCUGUGGAGAAACUGUUCACUCUACGGACUGGGUGCGCAGGGCGAAAGGAAAUGUUUAUCACUUGGCAUGCUUCUCUUGCUUCUCUUGCAAGAGGCAGCUAUCCACAGGCGACGAGUUUUCUUUGGUUGGGCAAAAGGUGUUGUGUAGAGUGCAUUACGACAGCAUGCUGGACAAACUCAAAGGGGCCGUUGAAAAAGGGAAAACUGUCUGUUCUGAUGGUGCACAGACAGUGUGUGAGAUAUACCAAAAACCAUCUAAAAGAGCACGCACCAGUUUCACUUCAGACCAGCUACAGGUCAUGCAGGCUCUUUUUGCCCAAGAUAAUAACCCGGACGCACAGACACUGCAGAGACUGGCUGAACAGACUGGGCUUAGUCGACGCGUCAUUCAGGUCUGGUUUCAGAACUGUCGGGCCCGCCAUAAGAAGCAUAUUUCUCCACCUCUUUCAGCAGUACCAGCAAGUGACAUGUCUACACUCCAGCCGGUCCAUCUCUCCCAGCCCAUGCUAAAUGAGCUGCAUUACACAACUCACUGCUGCAUUGACAUGCACACACCAUCAUCUCUGCUCUAUCAGCCCUUUCUCUCGCACCAAACAAGUAAUCUACCAAUCAGCAGCAGCUAA